AUGGCCGAUAUCCCACGACCAAUAGCAGUCAUUGGGAUUGGGUGUCGCUUUCCAGGCGGCGCCAACAGUCCCGAAAAACUAUGGGAAGUUCUCUCUGAAGGACGAGAUACCUGGUCGGAAGUCCCGGAGGGAAGAUUCAAGUGGGAAUCUUUUCAUCACCCGGAUCCUGAAGCACCGGGAGCUCACAAUCACCGGGGUGGCCACUUUCUCGACGAAGACAUUGCUGCUUUCGAUGGGAGAUUUUUCGAUAUCCCACCUCAAGAAUGUGAAGCGUUAGAUCCUCAAUUCCGCCUUCAAUUAGAAGUCACAUACGAAGCAAUAGAAAAUGCAGGCCUUCAAUUGGAACAUCUCGGUGGUUCCAAGACCGCUGUCUACGUCGCUACUUUUGGACAGGACUAUGCGGGGAUGCAGGACAGAGAUCUCGAUACCAUUUCAAAGUAUUACAUGACCGGGAGAGGCUUGGCGAUGGCUUCGAACCGUAUCUCCUAUGCGUUUAAUCUUAGAGGUCCAUCCGUCACCUUGGAUACAGGUUGUUCUGGAAGCAUGGUAGCAAUUCACCAGGCUUGUCAGAGUCUCAGAGUUGGGGAGGCCAAAAUUGCACUUGCUGGUGGUGUGAGUUUGAUAAUCACUCCUGACCUGAUGGUUCCUAUGAGCUCGAUUGGUGUGCUAAACAAGAACGGGAAAAGCUAUUCAUUCGAUAGUCGGGGUGCAGGUUAUGGUCGUGGAGAAGGUGCUGCAAUGAUUGUUCUCAAAAACCUGGAUGAUGCUAUUAAAGAUGGUGAUAAUAUCAGGGGCAUCAUCCGAAACUCGGGAGUUGGUCAAGACGGCAAGACGCCCGGAAUUACCGCGCCGAGCCGAGAAGCGCAGCUAAAUCUCAUCCAAUCCGUGUACCGGCAGGCAAACCUCAACCCCCACGAAACCAAGUACGUCGAAGCACACGGUACUGGAACCAUAGCUGGAGAUGUAAGGUUCGGUAGGAUCUACGCUCACUUCCUUACAGGUGCUGAGAUCGCCGCUAUCCGUGGAGCUUUUGCCAGCGAUGAUUCUACUCCUGUACAUGUAGGAUCUGCUAAGCCGAACGUUGGGCACCUGGAAAGUGCAAGCGGCGUUGCUGGUCUAAUUAAAGCCAUCUUAAUGCUGGAGAACGGUGCAAUUCCCCCCAGUAUCAAUCUAGUAGAAUUGAAAGAGAGCAUUCGGGGAUCCGAUAUAUCCAUACCUACCACACUCGAGUCAUGGGACAAAACAGCUUUGCGUCGUAUAUCCGUAAACAGUUUUGGCUACGGAGGAACAAACGGCCACGUCAUCUUAGACUCAGCAUCGACAGUAGCACAUCUGACGAACGAGCAUGUACAAAGCCUAUACCACGAAGAACCGUACCCCCAGGUCCUUGUACUGACCGCUAAGUCAGAGGAAUCAUUAGUCAAGGCCUUCGGAAAUUUUCAGCAAUGGUUGUCUCAGAAUUGUGAUAUUGGAGGUGAUGCUUUUCGGAAUCUAGCCUACACCCUGUCAACUCGUCGCUCCCUUUUUCGAUGGAGAUGCAGCUUCACAGGCACAUCACCGAAAGACGUUCUGUCACGCUUGAGUUUGAAAAGUCCUACGCCAACGAGGUCGGUAAACAAGACCCAGAAUGUUUUUGUUUUCACUGGCCAAGGCGCUCAAUGGUUCGCCAUGGGCCGUGAACUUCUAGGUUUUGACUCGCUAUAUUUGAAGUCUAUUCGUGCUUCGGACAAGAUUUUGAAGGAAUUAGGGGCUUCUUGGAGUUUAAUUACCGAACUUUCAAGGGACGUCUCAAGCUCGAGGGUGAACGAGAGCCAGAUCGCCCAGCCAGCUACAACUGCUUUACAAAUUGCCAUUGUUGAUCUUCUUUCAUCUACGAAUGUUCAUCCUAAUGUGGUUAUUGGUCACUCAAGUGGCGAAAUUGCUGCCGCAUAUGCAGCAGGAGCUCUUAGUCAAAGAUCCGCUCUGAAAGUUGCUUACUACCGUGGACUCCUCCAAGUGACCAGAUCAGUGAAGGGAGCAAUGUUGGCUGUGGGAUUGGGUGAGAAAUCUGUAUCCCAGUACAUGUCACAAGUUACAUCUGGAAAGCUUGUCGUUGCUUGUUCUAACAGUCCCGAAAACUCUACCGUGUCCGGCGAUGAAGCUGCGAUACUCGAGCUGAAAGGAAUUCUAGAUACGGCCUCAGUCUUUGCCAGGAAAUUAGCUGUCGAUACAGCUUACCAUUCGCACCAUGUCGAAUCCGUUGCAGACGAAUAUCUACACAAUUUAGCUGGACUAGAACACACUUCCACGACAUCUGUGCGAUUAAUUUCUUCUGUUACCGGAGAAGAGAUGACCUCUGGUUUUGGGGCCGAGUAUUGGGUCGAUAAUCUUGUCUCGAAGGUUCGCUUUCAGGCCGGGUUAGUGGAAGUAUGUCGUAAGGAAUCAAUGGUUUCUCCGCAGGCAAGACUUACAUUCAUUGAAAUUGGGCCUCACAAUGCCUUAUCUGGUCCUUUGAGGCAGACUAUGUCAUCUUUGCCAUUGUCUACGGGAUAUUCCAGCGUUUCUGUUUUGGCCAGGAAUAAGGACGCACGAUAUACUCUUCUAGAAACACUUGGAAAGCUCUUCGAGCGUGGCUCUUCAGUGAACAUAAAUUUUACAAACUUGCUCUUCGAGCCUAAUUUGCAUCAAAAGCUGCUGAGCAACUUACCAAGCUAUUCAUGGGAUCAUUCAGUUACACACUGGCGCGAAUCACGGCUAAGCAAAGCCCAUCGAUUCCGCAGGUACCCACACCAUGAUCUUCUUGGUUCACGAAUUCCAAGCAGCACGAGCCUGAACCCAGCGUGGCUGCACAACAUCGGCGUUGAUCAACUCCCAUGGUUACAAGAGCAUGUCAUUGACGGCUUCACAAUAUUCCCCGCCUCGGGAUAUAUAUCUAUGGCCAUUGAGGCGACGUUGCAAUCGAGCUUCGAGAAGCAUGGUUCUGUCAAUAUCUCAAGCUAUGAUUUUAAAGACAUCAAAUUCCCCGCAGCACUGUUGAUCCCAGAAUCUCCUGCUUGCGUCGAGAUACAACUGAGUCUCAAUACCAUGGACAGUCUGCAAGACAACCGAAAGUCGAAGUGGGAAGAAUUCAAAGUCGUUUCUGUCUCAGACCAGGGAACUAGUAUUGAGCAUUGUCACGGGUCCAUAAUGGUGCACUUUUCAACUGAGUUAGAUGAAGUGGAAGGUGCGAGAGAGCAAGAGCUCAAUUCAUCUGCUCAAGUCACCCGUUUGGGUGAAUUGAAAUCAAUUUGCAACGAGGAACUGGAUCGCUCAGAAUUCUAUCAAGAUUUGAAAUCAAGAGGCAACAGCUAUGGCCCAAAUUUUGCCUGUAUAAACAAGAUCAGACUUGGCAGUACAAAUGCCGUGAGCGUCAUGAGCAUUCCCGAUACAUCUCAAUGCAUGCCAGCUCGGUUUCAACAACCCCAUGUCAUACAUCCCGCGACCCUCGACGCUUUAAUGCACCAUCCUGUGACAAUAUUCAACCGGAACACAAAGGCCAGCUCUUUUAUGAUUUUCGGUGUCGAUGAGCUCAAAAUCUCAUCUCGUCUCGCCAGCGAACCCGGUACUACGUUAACGCUAGCUACCACAACUACUGGCUGCGGGUCAAGGUUUCCGUCGGCCGACGUUUCUGCAUUUCAGGCGGAUUCUAAUCCCUGCUCGGGACCCGUGAUUCAAAUGAAGAACUUGAAGCUCCGUGCUACUGGGGUUUCAUAUGAAAAUAUGCCCGAUGGAGAUUGCGAGCGUAACAUAAGUUACACCAUGAAGUGGGACUUGGAUGCUGACCAUAUGGCGUCUUCCAUGUUUAUACCUGGCCCAAAUUUAUUCGAAGCUGAUAGAGCACAAGAGCACAAGCUAGAACUCUUGAAUCAAGCAGCGGCCAUUUACGUUCGCUCUUGUGUUGAAAAGCUCACGGUCAAUGGCCCGCCCAAGCUUCCCGGGCAGUUUCCGCAUCUUUUCAACUGGAUGAAUCGAUUUCAACAAUCCGAAGAAUGCAAAUCUUUGCUCCAGGGCGUUUUGGACACCAACGUAGAGUCAAUCCUUGAAAACGCCCAGAAACUUGAGGUGGAGGGAGAGUUGCUCGGGCGAGUGGGUCCUGAACUUGAGGCUAUUCUCACAGGAAAAGCCGACGCACUUUCCUUGAUGACAGAGAAUAAUCUGCUUUACCGGCUGUACUCGGACGAUGCGUCUUCUCGUUGCUACAGUCAUGUACACGCAUAUGUGAAGAAACUCGUUUUCAAAAACCCAAACAUGAGAGUCAUUGAACUGGGUGGUGGGACUGGUUCAACGACUAGUCCUUUAUUAGAAGCUCUCAGUCCGGAUGGAGUUUUGCCAUUCGAGAAAUAUGUUUUCACUGACAUUUCCUCUGGCUUCUUUGAACGUACGAGAGAGCGUCUAAUAAUGUGGGAUAGUGGUAUAGAGUACAAGAAGCUAGACUUGAAUGGUACCCUCUCAGAACAAGGGUUUGAGGAGGAAAGUUACGAUCUAGUCAUCGCAGGAAAUUGUCUUCACGUCGCUUCUUCUAUGGACAAUGUGAUGUCUAGUGUCAGAAAGCUUUUGAAGCCGGGCGGAAGAGUUGUCAUGAUCGAAACUACUCGCGUAGUACCUUUCUACAAUACAUUUUUAGGCGUGUUUGAUGGAUGGUGGGCGGGGGUAGAAGAUGGUCGGGUCGACAGUCCAACUUUGACAGUUGGAGAGUGGCAUUCUACGCUGCUGAGACACGGCUUCGACGGUGUUGAAAUAGUUGCUAAUGAUUUUGAGGGUAAAGCCCAACGCUCGGCAAUGAUGGUGUCCAAGGCAAUAGAUCGAAACGAGGAUGUUGGUAUAAAAGCGAAUACUACUUUGGAGCUGGUCCUCGGCCCCAGCUGGACGGCUCAAGCCCCACAAUUUGCCUUUGAUUUGAGCUCUGGUUUCAGUCAACACGAAUUUCAUGUAAGUAUGGAAGGCCUUUUGACUGCUCAGUUCCGCGACGACAUCAUAUACGUGAUUCUCGACAACGGAUCAGACCCUAUCCUGACAACGGAUGCUUCUCCAGUGUUCGAGCAGGUUAAAGGUCUUUUGACAAAUGCCAACCGAGUGCUUUGGAUCAGCAUUCAAGAGAAUCCUUUAGCGAAUCUGAACCCAGAGAAGGGAAUGAUUGCGGGACUAGCUCGUGUUUCUCGAGCUGAAAAUCCGCUUCUCCAUAUUGUUACAAUGGAUGUUCAAGAGAGCGUCUUUAAAAAUCCUGACAGGUUCAUCCGAACCAUCAGAGAAGUCGUUAAUAAUAAUUUCCUUCAUACCUCGAACUCAUCGACAAAGGAGCUUGAGUACGUGUACAGGAAUCAAGAGGUUUUAAUCCCACGACUCAUACCAAGCGCGAGGCUCAACGAUCGUGUACAGCAGGCUUCUGGAAGAGUGACACUAAAGACCCAACUGUUUCACCAACCUAAUCGGCCACUUAAGCUCCAUGUACAGAAGCCAGGAUUCUUGGAUAGUCUCACAUUUAUAGAAGAUAAUUUAUUCGAAGAGCCGUUGCCGGCCUCACAUAUAGAGGUGCAGGUAGAAACAUGUGGACUCAACUUCAAAGAUGCUCUCAUAGCGCUGGGUCAAAUCAAUAAGCAAGUCCCAAUGGCUGCUGAAUUCGCUGGAGUCAUCACCAAGGUCGGCUCACAGCAUCAGAAGUCGUUUCGAAUCGGUGACCGUGUUUGUGGCAUUGGUGGUUCACCAUAUGCAAGCACUGUUAGGCUUCACGGUCAUAGAGCCAGUCACAUUCCUCUAUCGAUGUCAUUCGAAGUAGCAGCAUCUAUACCCGUUGUUUUCGCAACAGCGUACCACGCACUAGUUGACAUAGCGAAUCUUCAGCAAAGUCAAACCGUAUUGAUACAUUCAGCCGCUGGCGGAGUAGGCCAAGCAGCUCUACAAAUCGCCCAAAAUAUCGGAGCAGAAGUGUUCGCUACUGUCGGCAAUGCGGCAAAACGCCAGCUGCUCGUCAAAGAGUUUGGAUUACCGGAAGAUCACAUUUUCUCUAGCAAAUUGCGAACUUUCAGAAAAGGCAUACACAGACUGACCAAUGCUAAAGGAGUCGAUGUUGUUCUAAACUCCCUCUCCGGUGAGGCACUCCAAGAAUCAUGGGCUUCCAUCGCAAGAUUUGGCGUUUUCGUCGAACUUGGUAAAGCCGACUCUCUAUCAAACACGGGCUUGACUAUGGCACCGUUUGAUAGGAACGUGACAUUUGCCUCAGUGGACUUGCAGUUGAUUUGCGAUUAUCGCCCCGAAAAGGUUGCAAGUCUCCUGAAAACGGUUUUAAAUUUGUUCAGCGCUGGCACUUAUCAUCAGAUCAAUCCCAUUACGGCGAUACCCAUAACAAAUAUUGAAGAAGCUUUCAGGACUGUACAAGCACGAGAGCAUGUCGGCAAAAUCAUCCUGGGGGCAGGUUCUAAAAGUUCAGUGUUAGCACCAGCGGUAAUAGCUGAUGAUUUGAUUAUCUCCCAGAAAGGAACAUAUUUGAUAGCCGGCGGACUUGGGGGGCUUGGUUUGGAAAUCGCUCGUAUGAUUGCCACCCACGGGGCGAGACACAUUGCUCUACUGUCGCGAAGACACUUGUCUCCAUCCGAACUUUCAGGACUUGAGGAAGAAUUCGAAUCUCUGGGAGCGAAAGUUAUUGUUUUGACUUGCGAUAUUACCGAUCUUUCAAAGUUGAGAGACUCGGUAUCAUCGUUCGGCUCUGACAUGCCUCCAGUCAAGGGUGUGGUUCAAGCAUCAAUGGUCCUUCAGGAUUGCGUGUUAAGCAAAAUGGACCUAGAAGACUUCAAGGUAGCCACUGCACCAAAGUGUACUGGGACUGCCAAUCUGGUCAAAGCACUUGACGGACAGCCUCUCGAAUUCUUUCUCAUGCUUGCCUCCAUUGCCAGCGUGGUAGGCAGUAUAUCCCAAGCCAAUUAUGCCGCAGGGAAUAACUACAUGGAUACCCUCGCACAGAACAACAGCGUUACAGAAGCAUCGACCACUCAUUUUGUUUCAGUGGAUUUUGGACCCAUUGAUGAUGCUGGUACCAUUGCCAACUCCCAACGAACUAAAGAUGGCUUGAUUCGACAGGGCUAUAUUUUACUGAAGCUCAAACAGGUGCUGGCUUUAAUUAGCCACGCUAUCAGCCACUCGGUAAGAGAAGACAAGAACAACCAAAUCAUCCUUGGUGUUGACCACAGAUCCAUCGUCGAGUCUGACAAUGAAUACACUCUCAAGAAUCCCAUGUUCUCACACCUUUCAAGAGUACAAGGAGGGCAGAGUGUAAAAGAGGAUGGCUCGCCAGUUCAAACCAUCGAAAACCUCAUCGCUUCUACGCAAAACACUGCUAAGAUCGAACUUCUAAUAUCGGAGGAAAUUGCAAGAAAGAUCUCUAAGCUUGUAGCUAUAGAUUACGAAGAGAUUGAACUUGAACGCCGCAUGUCCGAUUUUGGACUGGACUCGUUGGUUAGUAUCGAGUUGAAGAAUUGGAUAACGCAAACCUUCAAGGCCAAACUUCAAGCUUCGGAAAUAGCAGAUGCAGCUAAUAUUUUGGCACUGGGUAGUAUAGUGGCUUCUAGAUCAGAAUUGAUCUCUAAUGAAUCACCAAAAAUGAAAUCUGGAAACGGCGACCAUACCACAAAACUCAACCAGAACACGACCGUCGCUGUGAAGGGAAGUAGCGGAAAUACUAUCACUCUGCCAAAGCAGCCAUUACCAGAUUUGGACCAGUCUCUAGAUCAAUUCUUGGAUUGUCUUCUUCCGGUGUUCACUCCCAAGGAAUACACGAUGUACGAAGGCUAUGUCAAUGAUUUGCGAAAGCCUGGUGGGUUUGGUAGAAAACUACAAGCUCGACUUUCGCAAUUAUUUCAUGAUCCUCAAGUUGAUAACUAUCUCAGUGGCUUCUACGCCACCAAUAUGUUCUUGAAGAACCGCCAAGCAUUAGUCCCCUGGCUGAAUUUCUUUGCAACGCACUUCAUGAGCCCAGUUCCGCAUACCGCAGCUCAGAGAGCAGCUAUCAUUUCAGCAUCGGCAUUUCAGUUCAAACAAAAGCUAGAGUCUGGUGAAGUAGGUCAUGAGUAUCUCAACGAACAACCCAUUAGUACAGAGGCGUACAAGUGGUACUUUAAUGCUACACGCGAGCCAGGAAACCCGAUAGAUGCCAUGAAAAAAUAUCCAGGAAAUGACUAUUUGGUGGCAUUCCGUCGAGGGCAUGCUUACAAGAUUUCUCUCCGAAAUGGGGAUGAAGCUACCUCUUACACCGCACUUCUAGAUGCUUUCCAACGUAUUUUGGAUGCUGACGAAAAGCCGGAAUCAUGGAUUGGAGUAUUGACGCAGGACACACGAGAUCACUGGGCCGAUACUCGUACUGAGCUCCAAAACUUAAGCAAAGAAAACAGGGCUUGGAUUCAUGAUAUUGAAGCCUCUGCUUUUGUUGUCUUCUUGGAUGAAGCUCGACCCCAGACUGCUUCCGAGCGUGGGCCGCACUUUCUCCAUGCAAAUGGUCGCAAUAGAUGGAGCGACAAAACAACACAAUUCGCCAUUUGUGACAACGGAAUCUCGGCCACUAUCGGCGAGCACACUAUGUUUGACGGAUAUACAUUCAUACGCCUAUAUGAUUUCGUCUGUAACGCUAUUCUGACCUUUAAUGUUCAAGAUCCUCCAAGAUCAGUUGGGGAAUUACCGUCCGCAAUCAACAUGUCCGAAGGUUACACAUUCACGACCUCUCCAGCAAUUGAGAAACACAUCACACGCAUCCGAGCACAACUCACAAAUGACGCAGCAAAAUUCGAAUACCGAGCCUUCGAGAUCCCCACCAUCAACCGCAACCUCUUCAGUCUCCACAAAUGCCCACCGAAUUCCGGUGUCCAGCUUGCCAUCCAACUAGCAGCGCGUCGAUACUGGGGCCACAACCCCAUUUCCAUUGAACCAAUCUCCCAAAACCACUUCCGCAACGGCCGGAUCGACUUGAACCUCACGGUGCGUCCUCCCAUCGCGGCCUUCUGCGCCGCGGCAGCGGACCGACAACCUCCCACGGCCGAAUUGCGGAAGCUAUUCUUCGAUGCUGCGCGUACACAUGCCAGUAACGUAGCGACGGUGUCGCGGGGCCACAGCUUCGAUAGACAUUUCUUUGCGCUGCAAUCGGCAGUCCGGGACGGCGAGAUCAUGCCGGCCCUGUUCACGGAUUCCCUGUACAGGAGUAGAAAACUUCCGCCGCAGCUCAUGACAAAUUGUCUUGCGGCUGGGGCGCUUGAGGGCGGUGAUGUUUUUGAUCAUCCGAAUGGAAUGUCGAUCAAUUUUCAGACGCAGGAGAAAUUUGUGAAAGUCUCUAUUUGGGGACGUGUUGGCACGGUUGAUGAAUUUAGAGAGAUUCUAGAAGAGAGUGCUAGGGAUAUUAAGGCUAUUCGACAAGACAAGAACCCAAAGGUUGUAACUGGCAAAUACAGCUAUGCGCAAUUACCGCGAUUAGUCUCUACAGCAUCCGCGACCAAUCAAUCGCAACUCGGUCCAAAUAUAGUUAGCGCCUCUCUGGCCUUGUUGUCUAAGCCGCUGGCCGACCUCAAACGACGCUCACAUCUUAAAGACGAAGUCCCUAGCCUUAGUGUCAAUGACACUCUCCUUCGACUUUUUUCUGUGCUCGCAACGCUUCGACUUUUGAAUCGUAUUCUGCCCCGCCAUGGCCCCGUUCUUAUGCUUUCGAAGAACCUCUGCGUCAAAGUUGGGAGAUUAAAACAGCCUGCCGAAGAAGCAACGAUGCAAUUUGUCGCCAAGCACACCUUGAUUCCUGUUCCCAAAGUGCAUUGCGCCUUUGAACGGAAAGGAUACAAGUAUAUACUAAUGGAGAGAGUGCAAGGACAUAUCUUGAGAGACACCUGGCUAGAACAAAGUGCAGAAUCCAAGCAGAAGAUACUGGCACAGAUUAAGGAUAUGGUCUACCAAAUGCGGGCCAUUCCCCCUCCUUCGGGUCAGGGCAUAUCAAACGUCGCAGGCGGACUGUUAUAUCUGCGCGAAGGCUACGAAGGCGGAAGAGAAGAUGUGCCCGACGCAAACAGGCUUGUGGAAUGGCAUACCCAAUUUUGCGGCAAGCCAAUAUUCACACAUGGGGAUUUGAACACAAUGAACAUCAUUGUUCGAGGAGACAAGGUCGUCGGGAUUAUUGAUUGGGGAACAGCGGGAUGGUGGCCAGAAUACUGA